AUGUUUCCAUUUCUCUGUCACGGUGCAGCACUACCUGCACUCCAGAGGGACAGGGUAGGACCCACAAGUCAACUGGAGCAAGAAGGAAGGAGGCAGCUGAUGGUGAUCACACCUCACCCAAGAUCUGCCCCCUCUUUAAAGGAAAAUGAACGCAAAGUCCUCAUCUCCUUUAUAUGCAGUUCAAAUCCUCAUGAUCCACAGCAAGAUGAAUUUUAUCAGCCAUGUUUUGUUGUAAAUGCGAGUGUGAUUUCCUACAGAAAUACUGCUCUGAAUACUUUUUUUCAUAAAGGUCUUUGCACAUGA